AUGGGCAGUGGAGUAGUGAUUGUGAACACAAUAUUAGCAGACAGUAGUCGUACGCGAGAUAUGAACUUUUCAAGUGUUUCCACACAUCCCACCGAUCACUCCAUUACUAAUUUGUCAGCAGAUCUGUCGACAAGAAACCCAUUGAACUACUCUUCUAUCGAUUCAUCGCCGCCUCCGGGAAGCGGUCGCUCCACGUCGUCGCCACCCACGGGUCCGCCGGCUUUCAUGAUGCGGUCGGCGGCCGAGAGGUAUCAGAGGACCCCCAAGUGUGCCCGUUGUCGCAACCACGGCGUCGUCUCGGCCCUCAAGGGACACAAACGGUACUGUCGUUGGAAAGACUGUUCGUGCGCUAAAUGCACUUUGAUUGCAGAGCGGCAAAGGGUUAUGGCGGCACAGGUAGCUCUUAGGAGGCAACAGGCACAAGAAGAGAAUGAGGCGCGAGAGUUAGGUGUGCUCUAUGGGUGCCACGAGGGGCUGUUGGCUAUGCAUAGGGCCGGCUUCACUUUCUCUGCCGCUAUGUCCCAACUAAUCCAAGCUAACAAUAGGCGAGGACUUCCUCAGGUGGACAGUCAGGAAAAGCCUACCCCUGAGUGCUCUUCAACUUCUGCAGAACCAAACGGUGGCUCCAAAUAUACAACUAAUGCUGAAAAAUCCUCGCCGUUGUCCAUGGAUUUAAGAGAUAAUCAACACUCAGCUAAGGAUCAAAAUAGCUCCUCGAAGACAGUAAAAACCCAUUCAUCACAACAUCAGUCCUGUGAAGAUCUAAAGUCAGAAGAAAAGACACAAAUGACUCAAAUUCCCAGCGCUUUGCCGCCACAGCCUUCCCUAUCAGACACACCGAUUGAAUCAACAGUUCUCUUGUCUCGAAGUCCUGUCACCGACUCUUCCAUAAGUCCACACAAUUCUGAUCCCAAACUCACACAACAGUCCAAAGCAAUCAAAACCAAUUCAAACAAAUUCAUGAUUCGCAGACAUCCCUCACUCAUGCCAUCACCGCCACCGACGACCACUGGACUAACUUUACCUGAAAUGGGAAACAAUACUUCUCCAGAUUUCAGACCCGGACGACUCAGUCCUCUGGAUGUAAUCGCUCGCAUAUUUCCUCAUCAGAAGCGUUCAGUACUUGAUUUAGUACUUCAGGGCUGUAAUGGAGAUGUAGUCAAAGCCAUUGAGCACUUCUUUUCCAUAAACGAAGCCGUCUUAUCAUCGACGACCUCUCCCUAUCACCGGGACUUCGGUGCCUCGCCCACCAUCGCCCCCUACCCUAACUCCAGUGCUCUCCACUAUUUAUUUCAUCCGAACAACGCGUUCACCGGUGGGUCGGCCGGUGUUGGCUUUCCUUCGGGUUGCAGUCAAUUCAGUAACACGAUGUCCAGCGCAGCCGUUUUGCUACAGAACGGGGGCACUGAUAGCCCCUUCCAAUUGCAUCGAAGAGCCACAACACAGGAGACGGCAGUCGAUCUCUCACCUGAAGAGAGCUCGUGGAGGAGCAGCCCUUCCAGUAGAGGCAGUAAAUGCACGGAUUGACAGCCUAUACAUUGCUUCUCUAUUAUAUCGG